AUGGAUUCAACACCACUUCCGAUGUGCGACACUUGUACUGAAGAAUAUCCGUACAUGGAUCCCAAAACUUGUCCAACAUGUGGAGCCUGCCUACACAAUAACGCUCUUAAUUCAGCCGAAGAUCGUUCAACAGUACCACCUUUGAAGUACUGCAAGGACGGGUGUGGAAUGACAUUACCUGCCAAAUUUCAUGAAGGCAUGUGUCGCCCCUGCCAGCGAAAAACACAAGAGAAUCAACAAAAUCAGCCUACAUCUCAGUCAACCAAUCUGCCUGUCUUUGUUGAUGAGCUAUCCCUGCCCCCCCCUGUCCCAGGCUCCUCUAGACCGAACAAACGCCCAGCACAGAUCCCACAAACCUCCUUAGUUGGAUUGGAGCGUGAAGAAGCUUUUCAACACGGAGAAUCAGCAGCCAAGAAGAUCCGCUUGAAUAGGAUUCAGGAAAACAAGAAGAUACCACGCCUGACUGCAAUUGGACGUCAGCAUAAGAAGAAGGUUGAAACUCCGGUCACCCCAGCUUUGAAAUCAAUUGCGGUUAAGCUCAAGUAUAAUGUACAAACCAGUUCAAAGUCACACAGUCUCCCACAGCAUAUGCAUGAUAUCGAUUUCACUGAUCCGGAUUGGGAGAUCAAGAUCAUGAAAACAGCCAUCAAACACUUCCAGAAGACCUCAGUCGGAAUAUUUCCCCCUACAAACAGAGGCAUAGAUCGAUUACCUGCUCUUCCCGAUUUCGAUUCUUCAUUUUAUUCUCUUGGUAUCCGUGAUGUGAUGAUGUCAGGAGAUCGUCUUCAACAAAGCAUUAUAUCUCCCGAGCGGAAUCCACGUCAGCGAUCGGUCCCAGGGCCUCUAGUGGUCACUCUAUUUUUUGCCGCUGCAACCUACUUGGCUUUGAUGAAGCCACCCAGCUCAAACAUUGGCAGUGAUUCUGAACUGAAGGAUUCUGAAACUGAAGAUGAUAGUAGUCAAUCAGAGACAACUCACAUUCGACCAACCAACACAUCUUCAAUUGUUGCUGUUUCCACUUCAAAAUGGCCCACUAUCAUAGCAACAAGUGUAUCACUGGUGGUUAAGCGGAUACAUCAGCUUGCUGAUCAAGGCAUUGACCCUCUUGAAGUACCAAAUUCCUCGGUCGUGGCUGCUGAAGAUCAAUACGAUAUUGCAAAUACACCUUUCCCUCAAGAAAUCGGUACCCCUCUCCCGGAUGGUCAUCCUGCUGGCGAUGGUCAAAUUAUCACAACCAUCUCAUGGAGUGAUGCUUUACAAUUACGACUUGGGAUAGGACGCCACAUUGCCUUAUGUUCCCAUUCUUCAAUUCAAUCAUUUGGAGGUGUCUUGCCAAGUGUUGACAAUUUGGCAAGACCAUUGAGGAAUAGCAUCCCUUGGAGCAACACUAUACUCAUGGCCCUUUCAAAAUCGAACACUCAGUCUUCCCUGGAUGAAAACUCUCAACCUCUUGUUUUUGGUCAGUGGGAGGCUUUAGCAGCAGUUGAAGAAGAUCAGUUCUUUGGUGAGGGGAAAAGGCAUCGCUCUUUUAGGGCAACUUUGUAUAUUGAUGGAGGAUGUCGUGAAGUUGUUGCUAAGGAAAUCAUUACUGAAGGAGGUGGUGAUCAAGCCACCUACCUUGAGGACUCAGUUGUUUACCAUCAAACCUCAUGCCUGCUUGAAGAAUUCAAACUGGAUAUGUUUGUGCAAUACAAUGUCACAAUUGCUCAAAAGAAGAUGUUGAACUCUUUACAGGUUGUUUUCAAUAUGGUCAUGAUCCAGGAUGGCAAUUCUUAUAAAGUUGAAGAGCUCCUUGAUCACUCACCAGAAGCAAUAUCUACCAUGAUUGACAAUACCCUGCAAGCACCAAUGUCGUUACUAUCUGAUGUUUUAAAUGCGUUUGUACAUUACACAUAUGAUUACUUCAAAGGCCAAGCACUUAUUUGA